AUGAAGCUCUUCAUACUUUUAUUAGCAUUUCAAUUUGCUAUAGUAUUAUGUCAAAUUGGAAACGUAUCCGGACAACGGUCAACAUUUGACAGAGAUGGUCAACAAUUUGGUGCUACUCGAUAUCGUCGACAAAAGAAAUCCCAAAGACCUUUAACACAACAACAGUAUUAUGCCACAGCGAACUUAAUAAAUCGUGCAGAUGCACUACCGAAUUCAUUUUAUAAUCGUAUGCCUGAAAACGAAAAUAAAUUACCAGACGGUGUAAAUUCAAAACGGAUUAAAAUUGAUCCUACAGAAACCGGUAAAACUUUCCACCAUCAUGGACAUCAUCAUCAUUUACAUCAUUUACAUGGCUUGCAUGGACAUCAUGGCCAUCAUGGUACUCAUGGGGGAAAUAAAAGAAGAAGACCAUCGUAUGCGGCUCAAACAAAUCCAUGUUAUUAUAGAAAUGCACGAUCAACUGGACCAGCACAAGCACAAGGAAGAUUUUUUUGGGAUUUAAAUUUAUAUAAUGUAAUACCAGGAACGCAACCUCAAUACUAUGAUGAUGAUUGUGGAAGUUUUAGCUCAUCAAUAAGCAACUACCUUGGUAAUAGUGGAUUCGCACAAAGACCAUAUAGACCAAUCUCAUCCGGUGGCUUAAUAUCAAAUUCCUUGCCAGGAUUAUCCAACCCAGGAAAUAGUAUUUCACCAACUGAUAGUGGUUUAAGCAGUGGAAGCGGUUCAAUUAAUCAAAACCCUGAUAUUUAUGAUCCAGUUUUCGAUGACAGACCAGUAUAUGAAAAUCAAUUCGCACAACAACAACAACCACCGCUUAAUAUGGGACCUAAUCUGACACCUGGUCAAAUAGUAGGAGGUGUUGCACAAACUGUAAAUGGAAUAAUACAGACGCUAUCAGGUAAUUCACAACAAGGACAAUUUUUGAGAACUCUUUAUAGCCGAAGGCGAAGGUAUCGAAAUUAA